ACUGGAUGCUCUGGGGAUGAACGCCACGGAUAGUUUUUCAUGGAAUUACGCAUAGUCAAAAACACAAAAAGGGAGAGGACGGUUUUGAAAAUAUAUCCCGGUUAUAUUUGGUGACUUUCCAGCGAAAAGGUAGUUUACCUGAAGUCAUGGAACGAACCGCAGUGUCUCCGUCUCCUCGCGCCGCGCGUAAAAGCCAGUGGCUCCGCAGCGCACUGGCACAUCACCACUGCCCUGACCCUGGCGUGGAGAACGAGAUCGUCGUCCUGGCAACCGGAAUAGACCAGUACCUGCAGGAGGUCUUCCACCAUCUGGCCUACACCAACCAGGAAGACGUGGUGACGGAGGAGGACUUCACAGCGCUCUGUGCCGUACUGGGUCUGGGCAGAACCAGAGGGACGCGAGUGGCGAGAGUCGCUGCGGUUGAGGACGAUGAUGAGGAAGAGUUCCGGGACGUGUGCUCCAGGCUUCCAUCGCAGUUGUCAUUUAAAGACUUCCACUCGCGGCUCUGUGAAUAUUUCCGAGUGCGCAGUGCGCGCAGAGGUGACAGAGAUCCAGUGAGGCAGCUGCCCCCGACUGACGACACCGAGCUGGUGCAGAGACAGAUCCGGCUCCGGUGGCCGCGCCGCAGGCGCAGGAAGUGUGUCAGCUUUGAUCUGUCCGGCAAGCAGAGUGGACCUUCACAUGUCCGGAGUAAAGUGGGAACCGUGUCUGUGGAGCGAGAAACAGAUGAACUCUCAGCUCUGAGGGAGCUGGUGGAGGAUCUGCGCUCAGCGCUGCAGAGCAGCGACGCUCGCUGCCUGGCCUUGGAGGUGGCCCUCAGACGGUCAAGCAGCAGCGCCCCCUCUCCCCCCUCUAUCUUCAGCUCUGCCGUUUCCACUCCCACAACAUCCAUCACCUUUCAAAAGGGAAAGCUGGUCCCAACACAGAGGAUCAGAGGCCAGUGCAUUGGUGCUGGGGGAGGAAGAGGAGGCGGGGUCAGGAGAGGUGUAAGGAUACAGGACAUGCGGGACCCCCUUAUGAGGGAGCUGAAGCUGAUUCGCUCGUCACGUGAUGGGCAGUUAGAGGAGGCUAUCAGAUUCAACGAGCGUUUGGAGCAGGAGCUGCAGUGGGCCUACGAGGAAGUACGCAGGCUGCAGGCGCUGGAGUCCACACUGAGAAAGGAGAAUGCUCAGAUUAGGAGACGGGCGGAGGAGGCCAGGGAGGCUCUGAGCUUGGGGCUACACAGGGUCCGACUGAUCCAGGAACAAGCUCGGGCUGUGCCAAAGCUCCAGGCCAGGAUAGGUCAGCUGGAGUCUGAGCUUCAACAGCACAGACCCUGCUGUAAAUGUGUCCGUGACACUCCCUUCCAUCCAGGGACUCUAUUAGGAGAUGAGGACAUCACCAAGACAGAUGCUGAGGGUCUGCAGAGGGCAGUGGAGGGCAGAGCUGCCUCUGAUGAAGAGGAGGAGGACAGAGGGGCGAGUAAGACUGGACAGUGCUGCGAGUCAGAGGUGAAGAAGCACUUGAGUCGUCAGCACAGUUGUGGAAAAGGAUGUCGAGGACACACAGUCAGUCCUCCGUCCUCUCAGAAUAACAUUCCUCUUAAAAACUCCACUGUUGCUCUUAAAGGCAGCAGACAGAGAACUGGGUGGAGAGAACCAGACCAAGAACAAUCACAGAAUUUAAAGGAAGUGACAAACACACUAAGGCUGGAGGAGAAACUCAGGGAUGUCGUCACGCUGCUGCUGCAACUGUGCAACCAGAACAUGUCUGGAUCAGUGUUGGGGAAAAUUGUGGUGGACACUGUGGGCGUGUGCAGCAAGAGCCGAGAUGGUGCGUCCAAGGUUCUACAAGUGGCUGAUGCUCUGUGUCUGCACCUGUCCUCCGGUCAACCUGUGGUGGAUGGACUGGACGGUGGAAGAGGAGAAGCAGCAGAGAACAGAGACAAACUUCUGAUGUCAUCAGCAGUGCCGACGCUCUGCUGAUCGCUGUUACUUUUCAGACUUCUUUAAUUCCACUUUGUUGUUUUCCACCUGUGUAUCUGUAUUUGAG